AUGGAUAGCGAUGAGUAUAAAAAAGAAGUUGAAGCAAAUGUAAAGGCAGAAAAACUUUUACAGUUGCAAAACCAAACCGUACAGUAUGAAAACUUAGCACAAGAAAGUAAAAAUAACGACGCGGCUAUGCAAAAGGCAAUGAAAAGCGCAGAAUAUAUAAAAGCCAACAAUGACUGGUUAGAUGCCCAAGCCAACGCUAAAGCAGCCCAACUCAUAGGGUCAAUAAGGACAAAAAUACAAGCGGAUGAAGACAGUUCAAAUGAAGCUUUAAUGAAUGCUGACUUUAAGAAUGCCUUCGAAGCUCUUCAUAGUAAGGUGAAACAAGUGAACGACUUCUCAUCUGGAAAGAAACUGAAGUCUGAAGGUUUCGACAAAGAGUUAAAAGAAGUAGCACAAAAUAUGACGAAAAUAACAGAUGCAGCAACGAGACAGGCAGUUCAAAGUGCCUAUGACGCCGUUAGAGCAACUGUUGUGAAAAGUCAAGAAAAAGAGUUACAACAGACCAAAACAGACCUAGUAAAUGCUUUCUUAAGAACGAAAAGUCAGGUAGGACAUUACGCUGCAGAUGGAACAUAUGUGCCAGCUGGUGGAACUUAUAUACCAGCUGUUGGAACUUAUAUACCACCAAACCCUCCAAGAGAAGCACCUGCACCAGGACUACCUAACACAUUUACAUCGUCACAUGGACACAGACACAGGCAUGCACCAAAACCAACACAACAACCAACAGUUCAAAACCCUGCACAACAACCAACAGUUCAAAACCCUGCACAACAACCACCUCCACAACCAGAGCAAGGACAUAAAAGAAGUAGAGAACAAGGAAACCAAGAAUUCUUAAAAAUGCUUAAAGAAGAGUGUGGUUUCCCAGAUACUGUUGACUUUAGUGACAGAUAUAAAGAAGCUAUUGGAAAGUUCAAGGAUGGAAAUACUGACCCGAACCUAUUUAGCUUUAUGGCUCAGCACCAAAACGGAUAUAAUCUCAAACCUGGAAAAUACAAGCUCGCUAAGGGAUAUGAUUUAAUAGCAUAUCAUCCAAAUGACAUGAACGAAUUUACUCCGAGAUAUUUGAUGUCAGAGCUAAAUGACAAUUCAACUUUCGUCAUGAAACGCGUAAAAAAUAGAGACGGAACGAAAGAACAAAAGCUUAUGAAUGCGGAUGACGUAGAUAGGGAAAUUGUUAAAAACGGUCUCGGAAUAUAUGAAAUGCCAGCAGAUGAGGUACAAGAAACUCCACAGGAAGAAAUAGUUCAGAUACAACCAGACAUGGAAGAAAUAGUUCAGCAACAACAGCUAGAAGAGCCUGAAGGAAACGAACAAGUCCUUCCUUUGGAAACUAACUUCACAGAACUAGAUGAAG